AAAGAGGAAGAAAGUAAACACCCGUUGGCUGUGGGGAGCCGAAGACGCCAAGUGCGCAUUCUAGUUGCUGGGCACGUGCCGUUCGCGUCGCCCGACGUGUUACGGGAGCUUUCGCAGGUCGUGUAACAAUUAACUAUCGCCAAACUAGAGGGGGCGCUAGAUAAUGCCUGUGGUCAAGGCCACAAUAAUGCCCACAUCGUUAGCACGGGGUGACCCAGCUGGCUUCCACCAGUAUGGCCAGAAACUUUACCAGCAUGGUGACCAUGUAAAAGCCAUCGAGGUGUUCAGUCAGGCUCUGAGGAUGAAGCUUCCAGAUGCCGUUGGGAUUCUUGAUAACAGAGCAGCAACCUACUGUAAACUGGGAAAUUUUGAUCUCGCUCUACGAGACGCCAAGCAGAUGAUUAAGACAGAUAGAUCCGAUGAACGGGGAUACUUGCGUGCCGGCAAAAUACUGAUCUUGAAUCAGAAACCCGAUAGGGCACUGGAGAUGUACGCUUAUGGAUUGAGAACAUUAGUCUCGGAUCAUCCCCGUCGUCACCUCCUACAGCAACUCCAUGACAAGCUGGGAGGGAAGAUGGCCUCGCAGUUUCGAGAUCCUUUUGACCAUCUGCCACUGGAAUUGGCGGUCAUGGUAUUGAAGCAGUUUGAUUUCCGACAAAUUGUGGCAAUCUUGCGCGUUUCGAAGAAAUGGGAACGGUUUCUUUCCUCAUUACAAGAGUUAUGGAUGUGUAUAGACCUGUCCCGUGCGCGGAAAAAAGUGACCAGCAAUGCAGUCCGGUCUUACAUGCGUCGAUCAAGGGGAAUGCUCACUCACGUUGUCCUGGAUAACAUCUCUCUUCCCUCUGUGGAAAAGACACUGGAGUUCGUGAGUCGGUGUCCUCGUCUGGAAUACCUCGAAGCUCGUGUCGCGUACCGCGGGGACAAGUUCUAUGCUUUGUUCAAGGAAUGCAAGAACUUAAAAACCCUUAUCAUGUCGGAUGAGAUCAACAUCGAUCACAAACGCGUCGGGAUGUUUCUGUCCAGUCUGCCUCUCCUGGAGAGGAUCGAAUGCCAUGCGAACAAUGCGUCUCCAUUUUCCGAGGUCUCAUGGCCAGAAAAGUUGCCGAAUUUACGAGCCAUAGCUCUGGGCGCCAAUAGCGUGAAGCGCGUCUUCGAAUAUCUCCAAGCCCUUCAUUUACCUGGCAUCGAAGAUGGCACAAUCGCAGACUCAAUCCCCAAUCUCGAAGAGCUCCGUGUGCGUUGGAACCCACGCAUCGUCCGAAGCCCUUAUCUGUUCGACUUCAAUCAUCAGGGAUUUCCUCGUCUUCGAAAACUAGACCUCAGCGGAGUCGAUCUACCCCCAUUCUCAGAUCUACCCUCGAGUCUAGAAGACCUACGCCUUCACGCCUGCCGUCCCAUCGGUCACCUCCCCUUCGCGGAAGUCACCCAAGAACAAGUACCGAACCUAAAAACCCUCAUCCUGACAGACAACAACUGGGUAACACCCGCAACGAUCGGCAUACUCGUCAAACCGACCCUGCGCAUCCUCCACGUCGACAGAUGCCAGCGUCUAACCGGAAAUACAGACGAGCUUAUCGCAGCCUGUUGCCAAUCCCUCGAGUUGGAAGAACUGAAUGUCUCCCAUCUAUGCAACAUGGACGAUAAGGCCGUGGCAAAACUCGUUUAUAACCUGAAAGAAGUCAAAAGCCUACAUCUUUCAUACACCCCCAUCAGCGGACUUACACUUAAAGUUCUAUCCGAUGCACGAGUAGAGCAAGCAAAAGCAGAAGCAGGAGGGGCGGUGAUCACAUCUGAGAACAAACUGGUUAAGAUCCAGCAUCUGUACAUCAGAGGCUGCGACGGCGUGGCUUCGGAUGCAAUUGCAUAUGCACGGGCGCGGGGGAUCGAGAUAUUUACCUAACUUAAUCUUUUUCUUCCCUUUCAACUAUUCCCAGCCUUCGCGCUAGAUGGCAUUUACGAUGUUACGAAUCAUUUUCCUCCUUGUAUUUUCCUAGUUCCAGACAUGGCUAUGAGAGAUAGGGUUGCAUAUUCAGCGUUUUGCAUAAUAGCGUGACUUCUAUUCUGUUCGAUUCGAAGGUCUGACGAAAUGGAUAUUGUGCGAGCUAUGUCUGAUCGUGGAAUUUACAGCGGCUUGAAUUUGAGUAACCAAUCCUGU